CAGUUGCGAAGUCGACGGGAGGGAGGGCGUUGCCCUUGCGAUGGGCAGCGAUGUGCGUACGGGUGGCGGGGAUCUGGAGACGGGCGGCACGGAUCUGGCGACGGGCGGCAGUGAAAGGCAGGGCGCAUACGGGGCGUCGGGUUCAAGACGGCGGGGAGCGAGCGGGUGGAGGGAACGGGUGA